UCUGGGACGCGCAGUUUGUUUGUUUGCUAUGUGAGCUUCGGAGUUAGUUUAAUGAGCCAGUGAGGCAUGCUAGUCCUUACAGGGCAUCCCCCCAAAUCUCCAAGCAUAUUGUAUGAGAAGAUAUAUUAAAUUCAUGAAGAUAGCAAGCUGUUGGCUCGAUCGGUAGCGGUUUCGCUUCAUCAUUGGAAUACCGUGAUAUUAUUUCAGUUAACGUCAGCUUGCCAACAGCUGAUGUACGUGGCAUUCAUGUACGUUUUUUAAUAUUUAGGGGAAGGUCUGAAUGUUCGGAUCAUUAAAGUUCUGGAAUUCGCCGCAAGCCCCCCGUCGAUAAACAACAAUGGAAAUGUCAACUAAAGGUAAGGCCAAGCGGAGGCACCUGAGUGCCAGGGAAAGCGAUGAGCUGGGCCAGAAUUUUGGGGGUCCCCUGACUCAACCCUACACUGCAGCUCGCAGCAGCCUUGACCCCAACCGGAGGCUCUACCCCCGGACCCCACCUAAAAGAGGGCGGAAAGGUGUGGACAACGGCUCCCCGCAGAAGCCCAUAACGCAGUUCUUCCCUGUGAAGGGGGUCCUCCGCUCCAGUCCCCAAAAAGCCGCCGUGGCGCGGGAGGAGCCGGCGAGCACGGACGGGCCGCCGGAAGAUGAAGGCGACCCGUUCGAGGGCCUGACCGAAAGCAUGUUCGACGACGACGACGACGACGACGAGGAGGGCCUGGCUUUGAGUCUGGACGCGGGCGUCGCCUCUUCUCCCCCUCUGAACCCCGCCGGGCCGGUCCGGGUGAAGGCCGAGGACGACGAUGAGGAGUACCCGGUGGAGCCGCUCCCCGACGCUCACUACGGCCUCCUGGGGCACCGCGCGGGCUGGCAGGAGCCCCGGGGGCAGCUGGGGGACCUCCCGGAGGAGAUCCUGAGGGUGGUGCUGGGCUUGCUGCCGGCGGGGGACCUGUACAGACACGUCAGCCUGGUGUGCCGGCGCUGGAGGGCUGUGGUCUGCGACCCGCUGUUCGUGCCCUGGAAGAAGCUGUACUACCGGUACCAGAGGGGCGAGAAAGAGGCGGUGCGAGACAUUAAAUCCAUUUUGGAAGAGAACCGUAUCACUGCCCAGGAGGAUCUCUGCAUUCUCAACAUGGUCAGGUACAUGGCCCAGUUCAAGCACAGUCGCCGGGUGCAGCCGGAAGAGGUUCUGCGUUGCGUCCGGGAGCAUCCUCUCUUCCCCGAGGUCCGAGCCUGCAUGAAGCACCGUCUCCCUGACCUCCCUGAGCUCCCGGGGGGUCCGAACCCGUGGUCUGCCAUGGCCCUGAUGCUGAUUCUGGCUGACGGGGUGAAGGAUGUGCAGGAUCUGGUGGUGCGAUUGAGGAGAUCGGGGUGCCUGCUCUCCCCUGGAGGGGUGUCGGAGUUCCUGUGCUGCGUGGCUGUGCUGCUGCUGGCCAUGAGAAAGCAGGGCAUCAAGAUGAGCAGCAGGUGCCACUACAACAUCUUUUAUGUGCUCCACUUGAUGGAGAACUCCCCUCCUCCAACCGUCGCACCAGUGAGCAGUUCGGCCGUGCAGGUGACCCACGAGCAGCAGAUGAUCCUCAACCACGACAUCCGGCCUGGCCACAUCGUCAAGAUCAUGGCCUUCGCGGGCACGGGGAAGACGUCCACGCUGGUGCUGUACGCCCAGCGGAGGCCUCACCUGCGCUUCCUCUACCUGGCCUUCAACAAGUCCACCGCCAACGAGGCCCAGCUCCGCUUCCCCGGGAACGUGGACAGCAGGACGGUGCACUCCCUGGCCUUCGCCUCGGUCGGAAAAAGUUAUCAGAACAUGAAGAAGCUGUCCUUCAACCUCCAGCCCUUCUCUGUGGCCUGGGUGCUUCCCAAAGGCCUGGGGGGGUUUGUCAACGCCAAGGUGGUCACCCAGACCCUCAAAUCCUUCUUCGCCUCUGCCGACCACGGCAUCUCCAUCAACCAUGUCCCACAUGAGUACAAGAACACCAACGGGAAAAUGAAGACGCCCAGCGACACCGAGAAGCAGAUGUUUGCGGACGAAGCGCAAAAGAUAUGGGAGAAAAUGACUGCCUUAACCAAGACGAGGGAGAUUGCGUACCACAUGACCCAUGAUGGUUACCUGAAACUGUGGCAGCUACAGAAGCCGCGUCUCGACAAAUACGAUGCCAUUUUCAUUGAUGAGGCUCAAGACUGCACGCCAGCAAUCAUGGAUAUCCUACUCCACCAGGACUGUGGGAAGAUCCUGGUGGGAGACCCCCACCAGCAGAUUUACACCUUCAGAGGGGCUGUCAACGCCCUGCAAGAGGCACCCCAUACUCACCUGUACUAUCUCACCCAGAGCUUCAGAUUCGGCUCAGAAAUCGCCUACGUUGGAGCUACGAUUCUGUGGUUCUUCAAAGGGGUGACGAAGAUGCUGGUCGGUGGCAGUCAGGAAGGUAGCGUGAGGGGAGAGGAGGAGGAGCCCGCUGGGCGGGCGGCAGUCCAGGGCGGGGGCGCGGUCGCCAUCCUCUCCCGCUGCAACGUGACCGUGUUCGACCAGGCCGUCCAGCUCACCUCCGCCCCCGACCCCCCGAGAAUCCACAUCGUGGGCGGGGUCGACAAUUUCGGACUGCGGAAAAUCAUGGACAUCUGGGUGCUGAUGCAGCCGGAGAGCUAUCGUAAUCAGAAGAGCCUGACCAUCGGGGACAACUUCAUCCGGAGCUUCUGCAGGCCGAGCUUGGGGGGCUACGGCGGCCUGAAGCGCUACGCCUGCCACACGGAGGACCGGGAGUUGGAGGGCAAGCUGGCCGUGGUGGAGAAGUACAGCCACCGCAUCCCUGAGCUGGUGGAGCGCAUAUACCACUGCUGUGUGGGCACCCCACAGAGCGCAGAUUAUGUUUUGGGCACGGUGCACAAGGCGAAAGGGCAGGAGUUUGACAAGGUCAUCGUCACGGACGACUUCGCCAAAGUGCACUGUACUGGGCACACGCGCCAGAGGGUCUGCAGCAUGGCCCAGAGGGACGACGGGUCCCUGAACGUUCCGGAGGACGAGUGGAACCUGCUUUACGUGGCCGUGACCCGCGCCAAGAAGAAGCUGGUCAUCACCAAAACCAUCGAGAACGUCCUGACCAUGGCCACGGAGUAUUUCCUGCGGCCGGUGUUCACCAGCACCCUGCUCAGAGAUGGACAGCUACUUGGCUGCUGCGUUCCUGAGUGCCAUAACCCCAUCAUGGAGGACUCGGUUCUCACCAUGUGCAAGGUCCCCAUUACAUAUAAUGACUCAGCGGAGAGUGGAGGGCCUCUGUGUGUGACCUGUGUGGAGCAGCGUCUGGGUCACAUGACCUACCUGUUCGCCUCACCUGAGCAGGUGAAGGCCACACCCUACACACUGGAGAGGGUGGAGUUUCCCAUCAAUGUUGCCAUGCUGAUGGCACUGUUCUGAGAUUACCUGUGCUUCUUGGACCUGCCAAUGAACACAUCACCAUGGUGAUCGCUUUUUAAAACGGCAUAAUUGUUAUUUUUUAUAAAAAGCUUUGUCAGAAUUUUUAAAUAUCUGUUCCCAAUCGCCUACAAACAUUCAAACAUUGUUUUCCUGUGUAACUUAAAACAAACUAUUCUGUGUUGCUGAUACUUAUUUUGUAAUAUCUUCAUUUAUAAUAAGAGUCUUUGCAUCUGUA